CCAUCUCCCUCUUCGAUUUCUCUCUCUCUCUGUACGCUUCUUCUUUCUCUUCGAGCGUAUUCCUCUCUCUCGGAGUAAGGGUUAUUAAAGCAAUAAUUAGAAACAUCGAGAGAACGCAGAGAGAGAGAGAGGAGAUUUCAUUCCUUACAAGCGUUUUUCGCAUCACGUUUAUCUUUCACGUAAAACGGCUCCGUCAGAGGACUAUUGUUAGUUUCCAUUUUUGCUCCAGUAAAAGAAUUUUGUGGUUGCAAGAUUAGUUUUACUGGUCCCUUUUAAUGGCUGCCACUGCAACUGUCCCUUCUAGUGGUCCCCGAUAUGCACCUGAGGAUCCCACUCUCCCCAAGCCAUGGAGAGGUCUGGUUGAUGGUAGAACUGGAUACCUUUACUUCUGGAAUCCAGAGACCAACGUCACUCAGUAUGAAAGGCCUCAAAGCUCAGCUCCUCCUCCCAAGUCUUCUUUUGCACCUAUUAGUUCUUCACUGCAAGUUCAACAACCUUCGCAUGGACAGCCCGGCAGGGAGGAUGAUAGGUAUGGAAGAGGCAGCAAUGGUGGAUCCAAGAUGGAAGGAGGGUUGAGGUUAAAUCAGAGGGUUGGAUCAUUUCAUUCUCAUGAUAUCCCGAAUGGUUUAGCAAAUGUUGCACAUGGAGGAUCCUCUGCUAGAGGAAAUGGUCCAUCAACUGCAGGGACUGGUUUGUCCACAGAGGCUUAUCGUUCUCGGCAUGAAAUAACUAUUACUGGAGAUCAGGUGCCUCCGCCUUUCAUGUCUUUUGAAGCUACUGGUUUUCCACCUGAGAUUCUUAGAGAGGUACAUGGUGCCGGAUUCUCUGCCCCAACUCCAAUUCAAGCACAGUCAUGGCCAAUCGCAUUGCAAAGUAGAGAUAUAGUGGCCAUUGCUAAAACAGGGUCUGGGAAAACUUUGGGUUACUUGAUUCCAGGCUUCAUACAUCUCAAACGGUGCCGCAAUAAUCCUCAAUUGGGUCCCACUGUUUUGGUAUUGUCACCAACAAGGGAGUUGGCAACGCAAAUACUGGAUGAGGCCGUAAAGUUCGGGAAGUCAUCAAGAAUAUCUUGUGCGUGUUUGUAUGGAGGUGCACCCAAGGGUCCUCAACUUAGAGAUAUAGAAAGGGGAAUAGAUAUCGUGGUUGCAACUCCUGGCCGUUUGAAUGACAUUCUUGAGAUGAGGAGAAUCAGCCUAGACCAAGUUUCUUACCUCGUGCUAGAUGAGGCUGAUCGGAUGUUAGAUAUGGGUUUUGAGCCUCAAAUACGGAAGAUUGUGAAGCAGGUGCCUGCUAAGCGACAAACGCUCAUGUACACUGCUACAUGGCCAAAGGAAGUUCGGAAAAUAGCAGCAGAUCUACUUGUUCAUCCUGUUCAGGUUAAUAUUGGCAAUGUUGAUGAGCUCGUGGCGAACAAGUCUAUCACACAGUGUGUUGAAGUUUUGGCACCUUUGGAAAAACAUCGACGAUUAGAGCAGAUAUUGCGUUCUCAGGAACCAGGUUCCAAGAUAAUUAUUUUCUGUUCAACCAAGAAGAUGUGUGAUCAACUAGCCAGAAACCUUGUGCGUCAUUUUGGAGCUGCUGCUAUUCAUGGAGACAAAUCGCAGAGUGAGAGGGAUCAUGUGUUGAGUCAAUUUCGCACUGGGAGGUCUCCAGUGCUUGUGGCAACUGAUGUUGCUGCUCGUGGACUGGAUAUUAAAGACAUCAGGAUGGUUAUCAACUAUGACUUUCCAACUGGAGUAGAAGAUUAUGUUCACAGGAUCGGGAGAACUGGAAGGGCUGGUGCCACUGGACUGGCUUACACAUUCUUCAGUGACCAGGAUGCAAAGUAUGCUUCGGAUCUUAUCAAAGUUUUGGAAGGGGCAAACCAAAGAGUUCCCCCAGAGAUUCGCGAGAUGGCCUCACGGAGUGGUGGGAUGGGCAGGCCUCGUCGUUGGGGCCCAAGUAGUGGUGGCCGUGGUGGACGUAGUGAUUUAGGAUAUGGUGGAAGGGAUAGUGGUAGAGGUCGCUGGGGGCCUUAUUCUUCGUCUUCUAGCCGGCAAGAAAGAGGUGGAGGCCGUGGCUACGACAGUGAGUCACGUGACAGGUAUGAGCGUGGUUAUAAUAAUGGGUAUGAUAGGGCUCGUAGUAGUCGGAGCCCUGACAGGGGAUCAGGUCGAGGUGACCGUGCUAAGAUCUCACGAGAGCGCAGCUUCAGCCCUGACAGGUAUGACAAGGCUUCAGCAGCACGAUCCCCAGCACGAAGUUUUCAUGAGAUGAUGAUGAAGCGUGGUCGAUCACCUCAACGCCAGCGUAUAUGUGUGAAUUCACGUAGUCCAAGUCGGGAAAGGUCACGAUCACCUCAUGGUGGUGCAAGGAGGGAAAAAGGAUCAUACAAUCAUGAUAAUUAUAGGGAGUGGAAGAGAUCACCUGAUGGUGGCACUGCUGGCGGGAAAAAUCCAUCGAAUUAUGGUGAAGAGGAGGAAGGCCUGAUUCCAGCAGAUGGAAACAGUAGGAACCCUCCAGAUGUAGAUCGAGCUGCGGAGUAGGAUCCCUGACAAAUAUACCGACCUUAAAGGCGCUUUCUCAUGGCGGUUUUGGUAACAAUCUGGCACUUUUUUGUCGUUUGUUGGUUAAAAAGUUUCUUGUUGGAACUGGAAGCAGCGAUAACAGGAACUAAUACAAGUGUGAAAAGAGAUUAUAUAUGCCCCCACAACACUCGGGGCUUGGACUUAAUCCUUAAUCUUGAGUAGUCUUUGAUUUUGUCAAGCAUUAGCCAUCUCAUAUUCUUUUUGUUAGGAGGUUAACAAGCAGGCAUAGCAACAGUAGAUGUUAUGUGAGCUAUGCUAUUUCUUCUAGUAUUGGCGUGUAUGUUCUGUGUAAUAUGAUCUUUUAAUCGGCAUGAAAGAUUCAAGUUCUUUACUUUGAAGUA